AUGGUUCACACGUCUUUUUCCAAAGAUACUGUACCCACAUCUCGGAUGCGCCCAGAUGCACAUUCUCAAAGCCAUUUUUUGUCCUCGUCCUCAGCAGAUGCUAAGUCAGCUCUCUUAGAAACGUUUACCACUGAUGGUCUUCUUGAGCAUUACCAGACAGUUUUAAAGGAGCUAACACGUCAGGCACUCGAGCAGCAAGAGGAGAUAAAUCAUCUAAAAGAUGCUCUUGCCAAAAGCGAGAACAAAACCUCAUCACAAAAACGGUCCGUCGCUUUUGAGCAUGAAACAUGCAGCGAGCGGGACGCUUUGUUUGGGGCGGUUGAUAAGAUGGUGCGAGAUGCCGCAGAGCAUUACUUGAAAGAAAUCGAUAAACGUUUGUCAUCCAGCAUGGCGCAGCGGGUGCGUCGGGUAACUCGAGAACACGUCCGACAGUCCAUCCGUCAUGCCGUUGAGGAUGAACUGGCUCGCCAUCUUCAGGACUCUAACAAGGAAAGCGUGAGUAACCGCAAAGAGCCAAAGGAAGAUCAUCUUGAACACCAUGAAAUGAGGCUCCCUAGUCAAUCUGAUAAUCCAGCCGAUGCCCAGCGCGUCUGCAGGGAAACGAAUAUAUCAAAUCCGCCUAAAAGGGAAUCCAAGAGACAUUUCAUUUCAAGCAACAGACCUGACCGCCUUGGGAUAGGUGGAGAAAAAGCCGCUGAAGAGAACAUAUUAAGCCCCAAUCAAAACAAAGGUUCACAACUAUUCUCCGCAAUGCGCGACGCAUCCGUCUCCACGCUGAAACCAACGACAAAUGCGCAACCCACCACGGGCACGAGGGGGACGCGGAGUGGAGGAAGCGCCACGGCGAGUGUCACGACCCCUGAAGUAUCCUCCAUCUCGAGUUCAGACAACGCUAAUACAUGGGAACGCCCCAAUCGUUACAACACUUCCCACACGUGUAACCAUGCUCUCUUCACGGAAUGCCUGGGUUCCACUUCACGAGAAUUAAGCUAUGACAUAAGAGGCGGUAGCGAUCGCCCUCAUAUGGUGCAUCACAAAGAGGACCUAAGUAUGAGCAGCGACAGGAAACACAGGCACCCUUCUCAUACCAGCAGACACUCCCAGACGACCGAUCGGCAGUUGGCUUAUCAGCCUCUAAGAUCUUAUCCUAUGGAAGGUACCCCAGCUAAACGAAACUGCAUGCAGGAUGUUAUUCAAGAUGAUCCGAUGAAUUUUCUGUUGAGUAUCUUUUCCUCCAGUAAAUUCGGGAGCAGUGAAGGCUCAAGGUUCUCUCCUUCCAGCGGCACUCACCGAUCUGUUGAAAAUCCUGCUUCCAUCACGCUACAAUCCGAUACGACAGACCGACUGAGGGGUACCUGCGAACCAAAAGGGAUCUCUAGUGGAAGUAAAACAAACGGCUUGUCGUCGCGUUCCUCACCAGCGUACCGUUCGAAUGAUUUGAGUAACUCAACUCCAACGUCGUCUUUUGUGAGUGAGGUAACUUUUAGAAGUAAGGAGAUAGGUUUUGAUGAAAAGGAAAAAUCUCGCGCCAAAAAGGUAGGGUAUCGGGAGCAUUCUUGUCGAGCAAUGGCAUGA